AGGAGUUUGUCGUUUGUGCCGGGCAAUGACACUGAGAUGUGCAAACACGCCGGGCUGCUGCUGAUCCUGGGGAAACUGCUGCUCUUACACCACGAGCACCCAGAGCGCAAGCAGGCAGCCCUGAGCUCUGAGAGAGAGGAGCUGGAGCAGGACCAGGGGCUGAGCCGCAGCCAGGAGGAGUGGUGGCAGGACUGCCUGCAGGCGCUGCGCGAGAACACACUGGUGACGCUGGCCAACAUUUCUGGCCAGCUGGACCUGUCCCCUCUCCCAGAAAGCCUCUGCUUUCCCAUCCUGGAUGGACUCCUCCACUGGGCAGUAUGUCCAUCAGCAGAGGCCCAGGACCCUUUUCCAGCGCUGGGGUCAAAUGCCGUCCUCUCCCCUCAGAGCCUGGUUUUGGAAACACUCAGCAAACUCAGCACCCGGGACGCCAACGUGGAUUUGAUUCUCGUGGCUCCCCCCAUCAGCCGCUUGGAGACGCUGUACAGCACCCUGCUGCGUUUCCUCCGCGACAGAAAGAGCGCGGUGUGCCGAGAGAUGGCCGUGGUCCUGCUGGCCAGCUUGGCACAGGGACACAGCCUGGCAGCGAGAGCGAUGGCUUUGCAGGAGAGGAGCAUUGGCGACUUGCUGGGCUUCUUGGAGGACAGCCUGGCCGCCGCGCGGUGCCAGCAGAGCCAGGCUGGCCUGGUGCACGAGCAGAACUCGCCCUGCGAGCCGGCGAGCGUGGACAUGAUGCGCCGAGCUGCUCGGGCGCUGCUCGCCCUGGCUGAGGUGGACGAGAGCCGCUCGCAGUUCACGCUGCACGAGUCGCGGCUGUUGGACAUCUCCGUGUCGCCCGCGGUGGAUUCCUUGGUCUCCCAGGUGAUCUGUGAGGUGCUGUUCUUAAUUGCCCGGCCCUGACAGCUGCGGGGUGCAGCUCACCCUGUGUGAGUGUGUGUGAGUAGGGAACUGAGAAGCCAACGGUUGUCCAUUAUUUAUGCGCAACUGCCUCGCGAAUCCACUGCCUGCGCUAUCCUGCUUCUCCCUUCAAGGAUGAUGUCCCCAUUCCCUUUCCCCUUCUCCUGUUCUUCAAAUUUGUCCUAAAUCCCCAAAAUCCCCAAUUAAAAGACACAAAGUUCUCUCUACACGGAGGACUCUUAAAUUUUGUUUUAGCCAAAGUUGCUGUCUUCUACUGUGCGUGUGGGGAGAACAACUUGUCCCCCUUUCCCCACCCCUUUCUAGCAUGACGAGUUACGAUGCCCUGCAGAGCGAGACGCAGGUAUUUCAUCUCUUGCCAGGCGGCCCUCCCUGGGGGCUGCUGUACAGGGCUCUGCCUUUUAAGUCAUGGCUGCCUCAGCAGCCAACCAACUUGCAGUGUCUUUUCCUGCUUUUGUUUCCUUUCUAAUCCAAGUGUGAGAAGGUCCUUGGACUUCCAGCUUAAGUUGCAGAU